CAGGUCACAUACAGAGUGAGGUUGUUUCCGGUUGUGUCUCUUAUUUGAAACACGCACUCGGCUGUACUAAAGUUGAUUUGCUCGUAACUGACGAAAACGACGAGUUUGAAAGUUUACACAUUUCUGACCCGUUUCAUUUGAGUCUGUUGGGUUCAAAGCCAGAGGAUAAACUGUUCUGGUCUUCGAGUCUUAAAAUGAUCUAGUUUUUAAAAGGAUCGUUUUCGCACCAGAGAAAUGUCUGGAUGAAGAGAGAGUUUAUGACUGGUUAAUGCGAGCAGAAUGGAAACGAAGGCACAGGUUUUAUAUGACUUCACGGCAGAGCCUGGCAAUAAUGAGCUGUCGGUUCAAGAGGGCGAGACGGUCACAAUUACCAAUCCGGGCAUUGGUGGGGGAUGGAUCGAAGCACGAAACUCCAGAGGAGUGGUCGGAUUGGUACCUGAGGAUUAUAUAGUGAUUAACCAGGCCCAACCUUUUUCCUCUGGAGGAAAAGCAGCCCCCCUGGACCUGUCAUUCUUUGACAGUCACAUGCCUACCCCAGCCAGCACAGCACAAGUUGAUGUAGCUCAGCCGGAAUCCCCAGUUACCCCAGUUAUCCCGGUCUUCUCUUCCACCUCCACUGUUGAGACGAGUAAUGGUAAUGACCCGUGGGCAGGGUUUGAUAAUAACGCCUCUGGUGGGUUUUCUAAUAACUGGGCAGCUCAGCCAGAGGGCACAGAGACUGGCAAAAGCAGCAACAAUGCGUGGCAAUCAGGGGGGCACGGGCAUCCGCAGGCCUACCAGGGUCCAGGUGCUGAAGAUGAUGAUUGGGACGAGGAAUGGGAUGAUGCAAAGUCAUCGGGAGGCUACGCUGAAUCUGAGGCUGGAGAGGGCGGGGCUAUCAACAGAGGCGGAGCUCAUGGCUCAUCAAUGAAAAUUGCCCUUAACAAAUUCCCCGGUUUCUCUAAAUCAGGUCCUGAGUUGUACCUCCUGUCCAAACAGACCUCCAAAGGAAACAAGUUGCCUGUUUAUAGAGGAGAAGUUGGGCCAGUAUGGGCCUAUCCAGAAGUUCAGUUGGACUGUGUUGUCGCUGACCCUAAAAAGGGCUCCAAAAUGUACGGCCUCAAGAGUUACAUUGAGUACCAAGUCAUGCCCACUACCACAAACAGGCCCGUCAAUCACAGAUACAAGCAUUUUGAUUGGUUGUAUGAAAGGCUUUUGGAUAAAUUUGGCUCGGCAAUCCCAAUUCCAUCCUUACCUGACAAGCAGGUGACAGGGCGGUUUGAGGAGGAGUUUAUUAAAAUGCGUAUGGAAAGGCUUCAGGGCUGGAUGACGCGAAUGUGUCGGCAUCCGGUGGUCUCCAGCAGUGAUGUUUUCCAGCUCUUUCUCACCUAUAGAGAUGAGAAGGAUUGGAAAUUUGGAAAGAGAAAAGCAGAAAAAGAUGAGAAUGUUGGCGUGAUGAUCUUUUCUACGAUAGAGCCUGAGGGACUACCAGACCUGGACCUGGUUGAAGUAGAGCAGAAGUGUGAGCAGUUCAGCCGUUUCACUAAGACGAUGGAUGAUGGUGUGAAAGACUUGCUGACGAUAGGAAACGAACACUGGAAACGGUGUACAGGACCCCUGCCAAAGGAAUAUCAGCGGAUAGGCAAAGCAUUUCAGAACCUUUCAUCAGUGUUCACCAGCAGUGGCUAUGAAGGAGAGGCUACACUCACCGAUGCAUUGACAGCAGCAGGAAAGACUUAUGAGGAGAUCGCUCAGAUGGUGGCAGAACAGCCCAAGAAAGACCUUCACUUCCUCAUGGAAACCAACAAUGAGUACAAAGGUCUACUCGGAUGCUUUCCUGACACCAUUGGAAUUCACAAGGCUGCCGUAGAGAAAGUAAAAGAAGCAGAUAAACUAGUGGCCACAAGUAAAAUUACCAAUUCAGACAAAGUCACCAUGGCUAAACGCGCCAGCACGAUGUCAUACGCUCUGCAAGCGGAGAUGAACCACUUCCAUAGCAACCGUAUCUAUGACUACAACAGAGUGAUGCAGCAGUACUUGGAGCAACAAGUGAAAUUCUAUGAGACGAUUGCAGAGAAACUACGACACGCUCACAGUCAGUUUACCACGAUGUAAAGAUGGAGGAGUAACUGCCUACAAACUGCCUCACUCUUUCAUUUUCUGUUCCUCUAACAUUAUUUCUGUCGCUCUUUUUCUGUUCCUGUUAUUUGUGUCAUGAUGUCACUUGUGCCAUGUAAAGAUCCUGUCAAUCUCAGGCCAAAGAUAGUGUCUUAGAAAAAACAAAAUAUUAUUUUGUGAGUCCCGGCCAGCAAAAGUUCAUUGGGGUAACAGCAGCAACAGAUUGUCUUUAAAGAAUGAGAUAAUGUCAGGGGCUUCAAGAAUUAUAAUUAUCUAAUAUUGAUCUAUGAAUUUAUUACUGUGAAUGGAUGUUUCACAGUCUCUUUCAUUAGUCAGUUAUGUGUCUGUCUGUCUGUUGUUGUGGUGUAAGGUGAAUAUGAGAGAUUAAUUAUCUUUUAGCAAGUUGUAACCGUAUAAGACAGGUUCAUUCACCUUUAAGCAAGUGGCCUAAAUAUAUUUUUUUGUUUUAAGAAUAAUCGCUCUCAAUUUUGUUAGAAUAAUGCGUAAAACAAGAAUACAUUUUCUAAUGGGGUAAGAACAAUAAACUUAAUUGAAGAUAUAGUCUCUGAAAACAGGUUUUGAUAUUUUAUGCAGUUCUGCUUCUCAAUUAAAUUUGUCUAGGUUCAAAAAUGUGUUGAUACUUUUUACUGGAAAACGAGGCCAAGCCUAGUUUCACUGUGCCUUAAUUUUAUAACUUUAUAAGAAGCCUUUCAAAUGCAUUAUUCUGUUCGUAGUGUGUAAAUGCCAAAAUAACACAUGAAAAUAAUAUUGAUUUCAAGGGUUUUGGAGAUGAUACAGGGGGGCUGGUCCUUUUUCCAAAUUACAUGUAUUCAUGCAUUCUUCCCAAAGUCAAAUUACAAACCGAUAUUGCUUUGCUUUGUCAAAAACUGAUGUUUCCACCUCGGUGCCAUUAUCACAUAUUUCUUAUCCUGUAAGAAUGAAAUUAUACUCUAAUGCAUGUUCACCAAUUGUUUGUAUAUUUUUAUGUAAGCAGUGUUUGCAAGUCUUUUGCACACAGAAUGACAAACAUUUUGAAAUUGUGAUUUAAUAAAUACUGAUUUGUACUUUUUAUGAUGCCUUUUCUUUAGCUACUUCAGUCCCAUUUUAUUUCUGUAUUAUGAUGUAUUGCUGAGUGAUAAAA